GCAUAGCUGUAAUCUGUCAAUGAAUGAAUGGCAUAGUUAAUCAUGUAUCACUGACAGUUUCUUUUCUUAACGAAUAACUCGAUAGGUUCACUCAUUUCGCAUGGGAUGGAACUCGACGAGGACACGGAUGUGGUUCAGCUUCUUGCAGAACCGAACCUGUCCCCUGUAGAAAAAGCCCAGCUGUUGUCACAAAGCCAGUUCGACUUUCAUCGAUCGUUCCUUGCAAGAGAAAUGCCCAUACUAUUGCAGCAGAUGAAGACAAGCCGAGCCAUCGCCCAUCUCAUACCCAUCAUACGCGACUUUUCCUUGGACCCCAUUGACUCUGUCAGGGAGUCCCUGGCCUCACAAUUGGACAAGAUUAUUUUGUAUUUCUUUCGAAACUCUAUUAUCACACACAAGACUAAGGAGAUGCUGGCCGCGGAGGACUUUGGGGAUGAAUAUGAUGACAAUGGCCCUACACAAAAUGAUCAAGACCCCGGUCCACCACCACCAUUGCUGCACGACACGUUUACACCGGUGUUUAUGAACUUACUCUUGGACCAGAACGCUGGAAUCGCACACCAGACCAGAUUGGCUAUCGAUGCCGUAGCACAGAACGUUCCGGAUGAGAUCAUGGACAGUGAGAUUCUGCAGGGUGUGAUCGCAGGAUUGGAAAGAUUGUAUACUCCAGAGUCACCCGAUGAAGAGAACGUAGAGGAGGGUACAAACGGAGAUGAUCUGUACUCACCCAACAAGGAUGAGCAGGAUGGGGAGGCAGAGCUGGGAAAGAUGCUUGUGGUUGUGCUGUUGACGGCCUUGGCACCUUUGCUUGGACCAGAGAGGUGUGCUCAGAUCGUUGUCCCGAAACUUGAAAAGUUUACCAAUAAUUCUCAAUUUUAUGUCCGCAAGGAAAUCGUUAUGGCAUUAGGAGCACUCUGCAAGGUUGUGAGUCAGGAUAUGGUUGUUGACAGACUGCUACCUUUGUACGAUAUCUUUGUCCAAGACGACACCUGGCAUAUCAGACGCGCCUGCUGUACAAUCCUCGCCUCAUUUAUUGCCUCCUUACCCGUGGAGAUGAAGGCGACCAAGGUGGAGGAGAUCUACGGGAUCUUCUCGGUCGACGUUAGUCGCAGUGUUCGAAACUCUAUCAUGGAAGUAUUGGGCGAGGUGAUCGCUGGGUUUGAGAAGGAAAAUGUCCCGGACUCGCUAUUGAACCAUUUCCUGGAUAUGGGACAACAGCCCAUGAACGAGCAUGAACGUGCCGUCAUGUGUGCCUUCAGCUUCCCAGCUGUUAUUCUGACCGCUGGUCGGUCAAAGUGGGAGAUCAUGAAACCAGUUUAUAUGCGGCUUGCAAGUACCUUCCGCUCACCUAUUAGGAGGUCCCUCGCCUGCUCCUUACACGAGGUUGCGCGUAUCCUUGGACCCGAGCUGGCCGAUCGGGACUUGGCUAUGGCAUUCGCGGACUGUCUCUUGGCCGAGGAUGAGGUCAAGGAGGGCGUGCUCGGACAUGUGGUCGAGUUCAUCUCAUGCCUCUCACCCAAGUGUCGAUCAGAGGCCAUGAAGGACCUGUACCGAGCAUGGGUCGAUUUAGAGAGAUCCAGCAACUGGAGGAUGCGUGAUUCGUUGGCAGGACAAUUACCGGCUUUGUGUGAGCUCGCUGAGGGUAGGGAUCUGUUGCAGGUAUUACUGCCCCUUAGUGUUAAAUCUUGCACGGAUGGUGUCUCUACAAUUCGAGAGUCCGGUGUCAUGUCCUUCCCGGCGCUUUGGGAAGCCAGUAACCGUGUUGGAGCCGUUCCCGAACCCAAGACCCCUGUGCCCAACUCUGCUGGACUUGACUUCCCAACGUUGGACGAUAUCGAUGCAGAUGAGAAGAUCAAGAAACAUUCACGUUCUCCGUUCGAUGGCGGACAAGAUCACGAUCCAGAGGAUGUGGAGAUGGAGGACAUGACCGGCGACUUCAAGGAACUGUCUAGGGAAGCCGAUGAUUUUUCAGCUCAGAAGGAGGAUCAAAGCACAGAGCCAGCAACACCUUCCAUCCAACCCUUGACUACUGUGAAGGAGCAGAUUAUCCGCCAAACCACGGAUUUUGCUGUCAAUGGAGGAUUCCGCUCUCGAGUGGUUGCGGUCCAAAUUAUCCAGUCUCUUCUCGACUAUGGUAUCUCCGUGGCCGAAUUCGAAGAGCAUUUCUUGCUUCUGUUGGCCGAACGUCUCGCGAACGACUCGGUCGUCAACAUCCGUAUCUGGGUCGCUCGUGUGGUGACUUGGAUUGUCGAGAGUGGAUACUACGGAGAUCAGGCUAUGUCGCCACGACUGCGGGAACUCCUCCUGGCACUGCAACAGGACCCUGAUCGUGAUGUUCGGAUGUAUUCUGGAGGACCAGCAGAACUACCGAAGCCCAAGAAGACGAAGAAGGAUGGUACGCUGUGCAAGGGCAAGAAGAAGGUGAACAGCAGGUCGUUGUCGGUCUUUCAUCAAAAUCCUAAGAGCGGACGACUUGAGGCAUUGGAGGACGACGUUACCGAGGUCCAUUUGAUGUUUGAUGGAGAUGAACACGAUGAUAGCGAUGAGGAUGACGAUGACGACGAUGAGGACAACAACGAGGACAGCAAUGAGGACAGCAACGAGGACAGCAACGAGGACAGCAACGAGGACAGUAAUGAUGAUGAUGAAGAGGAUGAGGAAGACCAGAGCGAGGCAAACCGCAGCAGCGACGAGGGCUCUGAAGGGUCGAUGGAACCCGUUGCGAAUGACAGCGGUGUUUGUGUGACAGUCGAGGAGGACGAUAAAGAUACCCUCAAGGAAUCGGAAACGGUCUUUACAGAUCUUUCGCACGAUAUCAUGCCCAACAUUGCCAGCAACCAAGACGAACGUGGUGCCGGACUGGUUCACGAACUGACCAGCCAAGGUGCCGGGAACGAAUACGCUGAUGAGUACGAUGAUGACCAGGACGAUGAUGACGAUGAAGAGCGGGUCGCCGAUCGUGUAGUUCCUUAUACCACAUUCAAUGCGAACGGUGCCAGCCCCUUGGAUGUUGAAAUGGAGGACACCUUUGAGGAAGAGCACAACUCUGACGCGGAAGAGGAGUCUGCGAAGCCAAUUGCGACCUCGGAUGCAGAUGCUGCCGAGUCAAUCGAUCCAAUGACGGUCGCGUUCCCACCGCUUUCACCUGCGACCAACCAUCCCAUCUCUACUCUACCCCCAGUCGCGUCACUCAGCUACGCGGCCUCUGUCAAGUACGGCGACGACAAGGCAAAAGCCCCUGUCUCCAAUGUCAGCUCGAUGACCUCGUUCACUCAGGUCAACAUCCCGGAACCCCCACACCCUUCGUCUGUCCGCGCUGCCGAGGAGCAGGUGAUGAAGGCCCUGAGCGUCAAGCUCGGAGUCCACAUUAAGCCUCUACAGAACUCGGCCAAACCUACCAAGAAGCACAACGUCAUUGUAGAGCCAUUGUCCCCAUCCUUCCCGUCCCUAUCAGCCUCAUCGCUGUCGUCCUCAGUAUCGUCGUCCGUGUCUUCUGUACCUUCGUCUCCACUGCCGUUCUCGUACGCCUCAGUCGUUGCCUCCGGAGCUGCUGUCGCCUCACGCGCGUUCUCGCCACCUUUGACACCACCCAUCACAACCUCAACCGCAUUGAUGUACUAAUAUUGGGACAACACAAAAAUGUUGUUCGUACAUGCAACUCGCGUAUCAUCAGAUCCUUCGCACAUACUUCUUUCUUUGUUUUUCUGUCUUCAUUGUCUGCAUAUCCUUCAUAGCACACGCAUUCUUUGUGUAAAAUAUUUUCUCAGUCGCUUCUGUAUCAAUAAAAGUCUAUGCUCCAUGG